AUGGCUGUCUUCGCCGGUGACUCGUGGUCACAGGCGCGAGAGAACAUCUGGAGCGAGAUCCUCCCCAGCAUCAAAACAGUACCUGUUCUUCCAAGGGGGAAGGACGUGAUACCCGAUGAGAUAUCACUCGUCAAGAUACACGGGGCUGGAAAGAUUCAACUGUUCCGGAAGUGGACGGGUGCAUCCUUCUGGGUCAGGCUCGGCGAGACGACGCCUCAGGAGCUCGUGGCCGAGCUGGGACCCCCGAAUGCGACAUACCGCAAAAACGACCAGAGAAUGACCAUUCACAAGAUCCGCACCGCAAGUCACAGCCGCACGCGCGCCAACGGGACGGAUACUACGCGCCCUGACGAGCUGACUGACACAGAUCAGUCGUCGGCGCACACGGGCUCCGAUGACUCCAACGACGAAGUUAUUGAAGACGAUGCCGUGGGCCGCGUAGGUGGCGAGUGUUUUUACAACUAUUUCUACCUCGGGUUCGAUGUCCUCGUUUCGACACCUAGUCCGCCAUCACAGCCUCCCCCAACCACUGACACGACGACACUGCCACCGAGCAGCACGGCAAUCACCGAGUCCCCAGACCGGCUCGUAGCGACAAAGUUGGUGCUUCACGGAAACGUGCCGGGUUCCUACGAGUUCAACCGUCAUCGGAGGUGUCGGUGGGAGAUUAGCUAUCUUGAGGAUGACGCUGCUGGUACAAUAACAGCCAACUCAGAGGCCAGGUUCACGGACAUCGAAGAGAGACUGCACGAAGCGUGGAAGGGCCUACUACCAAGCGGAGAUGGGACGCAGAGGCAACGGGGCAUGGUAUUGAACCGUGGAUGGGGCGAUAGCCCCGGAAGCAGCGUCGAGUUUCUCGGUGGCUGGGAAGACAGCGGCGGCCAUGGUGGCGUGCAGAAGCUGGACGGCGGUGAUGAUUCGACCACGACGCUUUAUGGUUUCCCAGGGCUCGUGUUUGAAGUUCUCAAGAACGGCCGCAUGCACUGUGUACGGGCUGUUCAGGUAUUUAGCCACACUGUAUCAUGGUCCAUCGCUAGUGGGCAUGUUCAACGAGCAUCAUCACCAUCUUCGCUACCUACCGUACUCAACCAUGCGCCCCACGGCGCCCGUCACGCUGCCUGCCGAUACCUCGCCAUGGGCACUCCCGAAUUCGAUCGGUUCUUUGACCUUCCCCCUGAGAUUCGCGAGGAGAUCAUUUCCUACCUCACCGCCGCCCCAGAUCUCAUACCCCUCAACCCUCUGACGCCUUUCACCCCCUUCCCUCACGAUCUCUUCCUCUCUCACCCCCUCCUCCAUGCGACGGCCUCGUUGCUCUACUACACCUCCAACACGUUCAUCCUGGACCUGACAGCCCACGCCCGCGCCGCCACCGAACGCGCCCUCGCCGACCCCUACCACAACAUCCUCCUGACCCCCUCCGCCCGCCGCCGCAUCCGCCACCUCACAUUCCGCCCCGCCCGCCUCGGCACAGCCUUCACGGCCCUCGUGCUGCCGGCCCUGAUAGACAUGAUCCUCGCCGGCAGCCUCCGCCACCUGACGGUCCUGAUGCCCGUCCGCCGGCACCGCGGCCCCGUAGCCCCGAACCGUCCCGCCCCGCCACCGACGCAGACCGAGCGCGCCGAGGAUGCCGCCUUUGCGUCGUCGCCUGCCUUCCGCGCCCUGCUGCGCCUGCUCGCCGACCCGGACCUCGAGACGGCGCGGCUAACGGUCCUGGCCGCGCACAGGCCGCUAUGGUGCGCGUACCAUGACGAGGGGGCCGCGUGCUGCUACGCCGGGCGCGGCCGCGGCGUGGCUGACGUGGACUGGCGGGCUCUGGCGGCCGAGUGCGCGGGCGAGGACCCGGAGCUGCACAUUGCACGGGUUGGGAGAUGA